UCAUAAUUCAGCUGAACUAGAAAUGGCGCUUGCAUCUGUUGGACUCUUCUGUUUACAAGCAAUGCAGAUAAAUCGCCGUGCUUCAUUCAGACUGAGCUAAGGAGUGGCUUAAAGCAGGUUGUCAAAGAAACCCUGUGCCACUCAUUUUUAAUUUUCCUCGUAUGUAGUAGGACAAUGUGGCACUAGUCAGUGCCAAAUCGGAGUUCGUAUCUUUUGACCAGUUUUCUCUGGUCUUUCGCUCUACCUGAUCAGCUGAUCACCCGUCAUCUGCAGACGCAUAUCAUCGACUUUUGACAACACUCAUAGAACUGAGGAAUCACGACAGCUAAACAGCGCUCCGUGGGGUGUGAUGUUUUGAAAAUGUUCCAUGUGAGAAACGUAUCCUAGAACGGCACAUCAUAAUAUGUGUGUUUGUUUUCUGCAACUUCUGUGUACAGAAAUAUAUUAAGCAGACUAUUUUAUUUUAUUGCCAUAUCUAUGAUUUGACUUAUAGUGCUUUGAAGAUUUUUGUGUAUGUUAUGAUGAAAAAAAAAUUGUCAUAAAAUCCCGACUUAUCAAAAUAAAUGGGAUCAACUUAAUUAUUUUUACAGAAAUUUAUCUAUGUGAUUACACCAUUGAACUGUAAAUAAUUACCGGAUAUAAGUUAUAGAGAGAGACGUAAUUUUGCUGUAUUUUUUGUGUUCUUCGUGGAAUAUUUGCUGUCCAAAAUGUCCAAAACUGCAGGCUGUAAGAAAAUUCCAAGUAACAAGAUAAAUUUGCGCCUAAUAUUGGUGAGCGGGAAAACCAGAGAAUAUUUGUUUAGUCCUAGUGAUUCUGCCUCAGAUAUAGCUCAAUAUGUUUUUGACAACUGGGUAGAAGCUGAAUGGGCUGAAGAAUCUGUGGCCAAAGCAGAAAUUUUGCGUCUAAUAUAUCAAGGAAGGUUCCUUCACGGAAAUGUAACUUUAGGAGAUCAGCGGCAGAAGUCAAAAGAUCGAUCAAGUAAUUGCUGCUCAGCUAGUUGCUGCAUCCUAUAAUGAGAAGAUAAGUCUGAAAGUUGGAUGGUUAAAUAAGUCAAAUGAAUUAAAGUCACAAUAUGUCCCAUUGUAGUAAAUAAAAAAAAAGUGUAGAUUUCUUCUUUCAUUCCACGUGAAAAAGAACUAUGUAAACAAUAUUGACACAGUCAUAAACUUCUAAUGACUGAAAUGGUCAAAGAACUUGUAGAAGUAGAAAUGUUUGUUAUAUAAAUGCAGCUGUCACUAAAAUUCUUGCAAAUGUGAUGGUGCAGACAUCAUAUAAGCCCUUGCAAAAGGGCAUAUCCUCCUCAGUUAGAUGACACUGACGAAGUUGAAGUUCUUUUACAUUGUUCAUCCAUGUUCGAUUUGCAAUCUUUUGAGUUUUACAUAUCAUUCAUUGUUCCUGUGUUUAUUUCAAAGUUGAUGAAGUGCUGCUCUUUUAAGAUGUGCUUCAAGUUUCAGUCUUCAUUUAGAAAGUCAAGAGGUUUUUGUUUUCCAAAUGUGCGUGAUUGUUUUUUUGUUUUGUUAAAUCGCAUAAUUAAUCAUUUUAUUUAGUGAGUUUUCAUUGGUAUUUCUCGUCUUUGGCAAGAUUUAAAGAAAUUCGGAUCGUGACAUACAUAAAACUAAGUAUUAUUAAGGAAAAGUGAUAAAAACAAUGGUUCAAGUAUAAAUUACGUUCUACUUAGUGUUUGAAUAAAAGAAUGAAAGUGUUAUUUUUUGCUGUGCACAAUAUAUUUAUCUCAUUACAGCAUGAUUAUGCCAGCUGUCAGUUAAAAACUCAUAACUUGAUGUAGUUCAUCGUGCUCAUAUGUAAUAGAAAUAUUUUUCUGUUCGGCAAAAGUGUUCUCUGCAGGCCAUCAAGCCUUUUAUGUUCCUCCGCAUUGAACAUGAUAUUUCUAGUGUUCAACGUCUAUGUAUUGGUUAGGAAGUCAUUUAUUUCAAAUAAACUGUCAUUAACUUGUAAUGAAACUUAAAAAAAAGAAACAUUAUAAAAAAAAGAACUAUUUACUAAUAAUAAAAAGAAAAAAAAUUGUGAAUGUGAUAAUAAAAAUAAAAACCAGUGUUAAAAUUAACACAAAAUUACUUCAGUAGUUGAAAUUGCAUACAUGUUUCAAUACUACACUAAAGCAUCAUCUUCAGUAGUGAAAUUUGCAUAUACAAGUUUUGUUGCUACACUGGAGCAUCAUCUUCAAUAUUUGAAAUUGCUUAUAAUUUUUAAUGCUACACUGGAAUAUUAUCUUCAGUUUUUUUUAAUUGUAUACAAGUUUCAGUGUUACAAUGGCUCAUUAUUUUGAAUGCAAAAAUAUAGAAAAAUAACGAUAAAAAAUAUUAAAAAUAAGUAAUGUCAGAUAAAUAAAUCUUAUAACUGAAUCAGCCGAUUAAAAAGUGGGCUCAAAAAUAGUUCCAUCUACUGAAUCAAGGAAAAGGUGAAAAACGAAAAAAAAAAAUAAUAAUAAUGAAAGAAAAAAAUAUUAAGAUUUAAAACUAUAUUCUUAAUUACUGUUCUUAUUUUAAUAACUAUUGGCAUACCCAUCUUUUCAAGCCUCACUUUGUUUAUGAGGAAGGCGGAUUUUGUUUUAAUUAGUAAGUGUUUGUCAUUAUAUAGAUUUUAAAACGAAUGAUUGACUGUUUUGAUCCAAUCCCCAUACAGUGUUUGGCGUUACUUACAAAAUCUCACAUUCAACUUGAUUAUACCGAACCGACAGCCAUCUAUUGAUAUAAUACGCUAUCCAUCUGUAUAAAAGCCUUCAUACACAAUAUAUUUUAAGUUUUAUCUAUUUUUAGUCACCAUUUUUUUUUGUAUUUUUAUACAAAAGAGGAUUAUGCAAUCUAGCAACGAAACAUGUAUGCAACUUUAUCUUCUGAAAUAUAUAUAGGUAUAUAUAUAUGUUGUGAAUUCGAACAUUGUCUUUUAUCCAAAUUAUGGUUCACUGUACAAAUUAACGCAUGAUUGUUAAAAAAUAUACUUUCACUAUUCAUUAUUAUUAUACACUUGUGUCAUAUUAGAAAAUGUUUUUCCAGAUUCGCUGAUCAUAUGAUUUGGUGUGAAAAUUUAUAUAUGUAAUGUCAUUAGUACAUAAUAUUUUUACCUAUUACAUAUUAUAAUGCAUUUUUUUUUCUUUUAUAAUAAUUAACAAUGCAUAUUUGAAUAACAGAUAUUUAGCUAAAAUGCCAAUCAGGCAUUAUGUUCUUUCAUCAGAAUCUCAUUUUGAACUAGAAUACUAUUUUCAAAAUAUAGAUGUGUUAGCAUUGUAUACAAAUUUGUUAAUUUAAAGGCUAUAUUUGUCAAUUGUAAAUAUAGUGGCUUACUGUUAUUGCAUGUUUAAUAGAGAAUAGGUUUAUAGAAUUUAAUUUUUUAAUAUACUUAAGCAAUUGGUUAAAAAUAAUAAGAUUGAAUUCCAUUAUCAAACCAUUAUAUAUUGCAUAUGCUCUUUAAUUGUUUCACUUUUUUAUAUUUGGUUAAAUAAAUUCUUUUUGGGGGUUUAAUAAUUUAAAAAAAGUUUGACAUAUAAUAGUUAUUUUAUACAUAUUAUUAGAUAGUUAUUUGCGUAUUUGAAUUAAAUAGUAAAUUUUCCACUCACAUUGUGUUUUUUAAGUCACAUUUUUUAAAUUUUUUUCUUAUGAACAGAAAAAAUAUAAAUUAUUUAUAUGAAAAAAUUAAUAUCAAGAAUCCCAUCUGAGAAUAGAAUAAAUUUAUAUUCUUUUACUUAAAUAUUUUAUUCUUUGAAAAACGAUUUUAUAUCAACAUUUUAUAUGUGCCUAAAAUCAUGCAAAAAGUUUGGCUAGCAAUCAAAAAUAAUCAUAAUGAAUUUUAAAUUUACUGUGGAAAAAAUUAUGUAAAACUAUUAUUGUAUGAAUUUUAAGGACUAAAAUUUCUUUUAUUAAAAAUUGAAGUUCUUAGUUAAUAAUAUACGUUUCAGAAAUAUUUAAAUCUCUCCAUGAAGGCAUUUUUUCAUCUAUUUCUCAUGAUGAAAUUCUUUUAAAAUUUCUAACGUUUUUGAAAAAGCAUCAAAGUUUAUGUCGUGUCAUAAAAUUUAAUUGAAUCUAAAGUAAAGAAAUUUGCAUUUUUAGAAAGAAACAAAAUAAAGAACCUGAAGCAUAAGGAAGUAUGCAUUAAAUUUGCUAUUAUCUAGAAGAAGAAAAAAAAUCAAAAUCGAUAAUUAUAGUGUUCUUAAAAAGUUCACCCACAAAGGAAAAUAACACAGUUUAAGUACCUUAAACUUGAAGUGAAGCUUUCAUUUUUAACUGAUAUAUCUAUAUCAUACUACCCCAGAUAGCAGUGUAAGAUUAAUUUUAAUGUCAGCAUCAACCUUUAUCACAGAACCCAACAAGAUUUAUUUAUAAAUGAUUAGCAAAUAAACCAUGCAAACUUGAAACAAUGUUAAAUUUAACUAUCCUAGUUUACACGUAAUAUGGCUCGCAUUAAGCUUGAAUAAACAACACUUUUAUAAAGAGAUGAGAUUGAAUCUGCCAUUACAAUACAAGGCUAGAAAAACCUUCUGAAAUCGGGGAUGAAUCAUGAUUUGUAAAUCAAGAGUAGAAAGCGUUUUCAAACAGAAGAUAAAUGUACCUUCUUAAAAAAUUUUUUAGAGUUUUAUGACCAUCAAAGAAACAAGGUUUAUUUGUGCAGACUUUUAUAAACAUUCUUUACACUAUAGAAGUGAAAGUUGGCUGGACCAUUACGUCACAAACAAAAUGUUGCAUUUGUGAGCCUGGACAAAGUUAGAAUGAAAAAAAGCAGAAACAAGGUUUACAAUAAAAAUCCUACUUUUCUCUGCUAAUAAAAUAAAAACGAAAAUACGUCGUUGCCUGCUAUCUGGGAUAUAUAUCUUGCUGAAGGGAAAUAUCUAUACUUUAAUGCUAAUUACUUAAAUUUUGACUCUUGAUACAAAUAUUUCUUUUUUUUUCUUUUGUUUAUUAUUAGUAAAAAUAUGGAUUUUAUAAGAAUAUCCUUCAAAAAUUUUUAGUAUUGCAAACAAGCCAGUUGAAAUUAUAAAUCUACAUUCGUCCAAUUGAAAAGCAAAUAUUAUUCCCUUAUAUAGUAUUAUCAGAUGUUAGAUUAUGUACAAAAGUGUUCAUAAAAAAUUAGAAAUGAAAUUAUCAAACUUUGCAUAAUCUCCGCCCUUCAAAUAUGAUUGUAUAUAAAAUUUUGUAUUCUUUAUUACAUUUUUGAGGGUAUAAGAAAUAAUGUAUUUGCUAAGGC